AUGAUAGGAGAUCCGGUUAAAAGAAAACAGUAUGAUGGCCACACACAAGAGGCUCAAGAAUUGCAGGCAAUGAGAAAAUUUGCUGAAAUGUUGUCCAAGUUACAAACGAAGAUUCAGGAGGCCGCCAACAUGAUGUACUGUGAUGUCUGUGGAGGGAAGCAUCGACGGGUGCCGGUGGAUCGCCCUUUCUACAGUGCCAGGUUUUGUCAGCAGUGCAAUGCCAGACAUUCUGCUAAAGCGGGUGAUAUCUGGGCCGAGUCAACUUUGCUAGGGUUUUAUUGGCACUAUUUCGCUUUGCUGGAUGGGCAUGUCUUUGAUAUCACAGACUGGAUGAAAUGUCAUAAGGAAUACUUCAAACAUAUGAAAGCAAAUUCUCAUACAGUCACGUACAAGCUGGCCACGGAUGGGAGUAGUCGACAUCACAAUACAGGCGGAGCCAAGCUACAAGACUUCAUGAACUGCUUGUUCAAGGCAAGCUCGGGUACAGCUCAGGGUCACAACCCAUCGUGGAACUCCGCACGGGCCGACAAGUGGACUCAGGCGGCAGGUUCCUCUUCUGCUGCCUCCAAAAAUACUCAUCAUAAGAAGAGACAUUUAUAA